UGCCAAGAGAGAAGAAAAAGGAACCUGUUUUCACCUGUUCAGACAUAUCUUUGAGCUCUGGACUUUUUUAUGUAUUACGUUUUUUUGAUAUAUUAGGAGUCAAUCGGAGCCCAACAAUUUCCUAAUUUAAAAGCUAAUUGGGAAACCGGAGACUGCAGGAUUAGGACUGGAGGAAAGCUAAGGGUUGCAUCUCCCAACAGUCAUACGAUGACAGGUGUCUCGCAGUUUCUCAUCAAUCACCUGGUGACAUUCUCCUUGCAGGACGGGGAGGUGAAGAGUGUGGAGGAGGCCCAGUCACGUCUCUCCCUCCUGGCCAGGGCUGACAAGUUGUGGAGCCAGCAGAUGGUUCUGGAGGUCAGCCCUGAGGGUCUCAGACUCAGAGAUACUCAAAGCCAGGAUGAGUUGGAGGAGUAUCCUGUGUCAUCCAUCCACCGCUGUGACACCAUCCUGACUGAGAAACGAUUCCCAUCCCUUCUUUUACUCGUCUGCCAAAGUGGAUCUCAGAAAAAGCCGGACGUUCUCUUCUUCAGCUGCGAGACCAUAAGGGCAGAGCUAAUCUGUGAUGACAUCAAAAAGGCAGUGUCAGAUUACUCGUCAAGGUCCAAAUACCACCCAGAGGCAUUCAGACUUCCUCCGAUAGACCCUGUUGUUCCCCUCACUACAAAAGCAACGAUGAUUGACCCCUACGCCAUUCCAAACCACCCCCUCCCACGUGCUCCUAAUCCCCCUCCUGCCAACCCUCCACCAUAUCCAGGUAUCCGAGCGACUGGUGUAAAUGGCAGCCCAGUUAAGCCUGAUAUCUCUUUUCUUCGAGCUGAGAGAGAAGUGGGAAUCCUUAAUCACUGUUUUGAUGACAUUGAGUUCUUCAUGGCAAAGCUUCAACAGACUGCAGAGGCAGCCACUAUUUUAAACCAGAGAAGGAAGAAAAAGAUGAAAAGUGUCAAGAAAACAGCAGAGGAGGACUUGCUCACUGCAAAAGCUCGGCCUCCACCUGAAGAAGAAUUCACAGAUAUCUUCAGAAAAUUCAAAUACUGCUUCAGUCUGUUGGCUCGUCUAAAGUCUUCAAUCUCAAACCCAACCUCGGAAGAGUUGCUCCACCAUGUGUUCAAACCUCUGGAUAUGCUGGUGAAAACCACUGGGGGACCUGCCCUGGGGGCCUCGGUGACUAGCCCGGCCCUGACCAACUCAGCAAUAACCUUGCUUCAGGAAAACCUGACCAAGGAGGAGAAGCAGCUAUGGACCGGCCUGGGGCCCCACUGGACACUCCCAGGUUCCCAGGUCAGAGGUCCUGUGGCGCCAUACACGCCGGUGUUCCUGAAUGGGUGGAAGCCUGAGGCCUCCCGAGCAGAUGGGCAGCUUUGGGAGGAUCCGGUUGAGUCAGAACACAAACAUGAAGCCCUUAGGUUAAAACAACAGCAACACCCCUCUAAGCCAAAUGGACCUCCAGUGAACCAUGAAACGAAUACAGGUGUUCUACCCGCUGAUGGAAAGAGGAUGUACGUCUGCAGCUAUGACUUUGUGGCCCGCAACAGCAGUGAGCUGUCGGUACAACAGGGAGAUACACUGGAGGUGGUUGAGUCUUCUAAACGCUGGUGGAAGUGUCGUAAUUGCUUCAACGAGGUGGGCUUCGUCCCGUUCAACAUCCUGGAGCCAGUAACCCACAUGAACGGCCCUGUCAACAUGACAACACCUAAGCCUCCAGCCUCACCAGGCCUUGCCAAGAAUCCCACUCCUCCAAUUCCUCCUCUCCUGAACCCCGGCUCCUUGACCCCAAGCCCCUCAUCUCAACACCGGCCUCGCCCUCAAUCAUACAGCCACAUUUCAGCCGGAGAAGACAUGGAUAAAGCUAUGAUGGUGAAUGACGAGCUGCUCCAGAGACUGACCAACGGGAAGAACAACCUGAAUAAGCCACUGGUCAUCCCUCGCUCUACUGACACCACGCUGCCACUUGACUACAACUCCCCUCCUGAGGAGGUGGAGAAUUGGCUCAGGGGGAAGGGCUUCAGUGAGAUGACGGUAACAUUAUUGGGAAAGCUGACAGGAGCCCUGCUUUUCUCACUGAACAAGGAGGAUCUACGACAAGUUCUACCAGACGAGGGCGCCAGAGUGUAUAGCCAACUCACUGUGCAGAAAACGCUAUUGGAGGAUGCCCGGAAAGCUACUGAAUUGGAGGCAGUGAUGGAAAAACAGAAGAUGAAGGUGGAUUUGAAACAAGAGAGUAGCACACUUUAAGACCAAAGUGACAGAUACACGUCAGUCCCCUAGAGAGGAAGACUCCAAAGGAACAUCCAAAGAAGAUGAUCUCUGUACAAUCACACAAACAUACUGUCUUGAUUCUAACAAAAGACAGACUCACGGUCUGAAAUAAAUGUAAAAUUAUGAAGCUAUUUAUUUUAUUUCAAUGUUUUUCUUUGUGGGGGUGUAGUCCUCUUUUAAAACCAGAAUCAGUAAGUCCUAAACAGAAUGUACAAAUUAUAUUUAAUAUAUCUAAGAAUGUAUAGAUAAAAGCUCAAUUUGCCACAUCACUUUUAAUAAAGAAAAAUCAGAAAUUGUA